GCUGUGUACUGCUAUAUGCUGCAAGGCAAGUAUUUCACAAAGAAAACUGUUACACUCCAUAAAGCAAUUUUCAACUUUAGUGACGUAACCUGUCUCGUUGCUCAUAUAGUUACUACCAACACCGCCCUCAGUUUACACGGCUGAAUAAUAAUACUACUGCGAACAAAGCGAGUAGAAACACGAAUAAUUUCGGAUUUUAGCAUUCCGGUCUUCUAUCGCCAGCGGCACGAAGCAGCGGAGCUUCAAAACAUGGAAGACAAUAACACAGAAACUGAGGAACCGAGCGAUGAUCCACCAGGAUACUAUGAAAACUAUGGAUACUUAUCGGAUUGUGAGAUUCCUACAUCUGAACAUCCCGUACAUCCUGGAAAUCCACCACUACCAGAAUACCAGUCACAACCCACACCACCCGAAUACCAGUCACAACCACCACCACCCGAAUACCAGCCACAACCCCCACCAUCCGAAUACCAGUCACAACCCCCACCACCCGAAUACCAGUCACAACCCCCACCACCCGAAUACCAGUUACAAAACCCCACCACCCGAAUACCAUCACAACCCCCACCACCCGAAUACCAGCCACAACCCCCACCAUCCGAAUACCAGUCACAACCCCCACCACCCGAAUACCAGUCACAACCCCCACCACCCGAAUACCACUCGCCGCCUUGUAUACCACCCGAAUACCAGUCACAACCCCCACCACCCGAAUAUCAGUCGCAACCCCCACCACCCGAAUACCAGUCACAACCCACACCACCCGAAUACCAGUCACAACCCCCACCACCUGAAUACCAGUCACGACCCACACCACCCGAAUACCAGCCACAACCCUCACCACCCGAAUACCAGUCACAACCCCCACCACCCGAAUACCAGUCACAACCGACACCACCCGAAUACCAGUCACAACAACCACCACCAGAAUACCAUGAAAGGCUUAAAUUAAUCCGUUAUACUUCUUCCAUGAAAUUUAUAUAG